AUGUCAAAUGGUACAAAGCAGACGCUUGCAGAAAGCACGAUGCAUGCCAAUGCCUUGUGCGUGGGAAUAUAUGCAGUUGUAGAGACGUUUCAGUGUUGCAGCAUGCAUAAGAUGGCUGUGAUUCAUUCUCCCCAUUGCUCUUCCCUCUUCGUAGUAAUGACGCUGCUCGUUUUUCGUUCAUCUCCAGCAUUACCUCAUGCUUUCUUUAUCUUUGGAGACUCCCUUGUUGAUGUAGGGAACAAUGACUAUCUUGUGACACUCUCCAAGGCCAAUGCUCCGCCAUAUGGUGUUGAUUUUGCAUUUUCUGGUGGCAAGCCAACUGGAAGGUUCACAAACGGGAGGACCAUUGCCGAUGUCAUUGGUGAAGCCUUGGGGCAGAAAUCUUUUGCUCCACCCUACUUAGCCCCAAACUCAAGUGCUGAAAUGAUGAAAACUGGUGUUAAUUAUGGCUCUGGCUCUUCUGGCAUAUUUGAUGAGACCGGCUCUUUUUAUAUUGGAAGAGUGCCACUAGGUCAGCAAAUCAGAUAUUUCGAAAAGACCAGAGCUCAGAUAAUGGAGACUUUGGGAGAAAAAGCUGCAACUGAGUUUUUGAAGAAAGCGUUAUUCACGGUUGCAGCAGGAUCCAAUGAUAUUUUAGAGUACCUUUCACCUUCAAUGCCAUUCUUGGGACGAGAAAAGUAUGAUCCUUCAGUUUUUCAGGAUUCCCUAGUUUCCAACCUGACAUUUCAUCUGAAGCGGUUAAAUCAACUGGGAGCAAGAAAAAUUGUUGUCGCUGACGUUGGGCCACUGGGCUGCAUACCAUAUGCUCGUGCUCUGGAGUUCAUCCCUGAAGGGGAGUGUUCAGCAUCUGCUAACCAACUCACUGAAGGUUACAACAAGAAACUGAAGAGGAUGAUCUACAGGUUGAACCAGGAAAUGGGCCCAGAGAGUAAAUUCGUCUACGCAAAUACGUACGAUAUCGUGAUGGAAAUCAUUCAGCAGUACCGUCACUUCGGUUUUGAGAAUGCGUUGGACCCGUGCUGCGGAGGCAGCUUCCCUCCAUUUCUCUGCAUCGGCAUUGCCAACUCAACAUCCACGUUAUGCAAGGACCGUUCCAAGUACGUCUUCUGGGAUGCGUUCCACCCGACAGAGGCCGUCAACUUCAUCGUCGCCGGUAAACUUCUCGACGGCAACUCCGUCGCUGCUUCUCCCAUCAACGUCCGCGAGCUGUUCCAGUAUAAAUAAAACUAGAGGUGUGCCUUGCCCUGGCAUCCAUGGUUGUUUGGCUGGCUGUAUUAACUACCAUCAUGUUUCUUAUGCGGUCUUCUCGGGUUAACUUGGACUGGACGCCACAGGCCCUUUAACGUGCAGAAUGUGACUUAAAGUGCCCUUUAC